GGAAGCUCCAGCUGUUGCCGGCGGCGGCGGGUGGUGGUGGUGGAGGGGGGGAAGAGGGGAUGAAGCCGGUGGCGUUCUCGCUGCUCUUGGCCGCGCUCGGCCGCUUGGCCGCCGCCGCAGACACCGGCAACUCGACGACGACGACGACGACGAUGCACGGUUGGCUCCCGGCCUCCUCCAUGCUGCACCGGGCGCUCUAUGUCCUGCUCGGCCUCAGCGGCCUCGGCAUCUUGUACUUCAGCCUCCGCAGCAUCAGAUUAAAGAAAACGCAGAGGAAGAAGUACGGGCUACUCUCUUCCUACGACGAUCACGUGGAGAUGGCGGCAAUGGAUACAGAUGAUGAUACAACUUUAUUUGAAGCGAAAAGCGUAAGGAGGAGCGUUGACUACAGUGGCUCACAUUCCUGCUGACUCGCAGCCUCUGCAAAUGCUUUUUGCCCUGCUUCACUGUAAAUGUGAACCAGAGGAUGGAAUGAAUCUGAUGUGAUGUCUGGUGCAGCCUUGAACUGCUGAGCACUGAACACUUCCUUCCUGUCGCUCUGCUAAUAAUGUCCCACCUAUUUCAGGCAGGUUUCUGCGCGACCUAAAACGAGUAAUAAUUUGGGGGCCAAAUGAAUAAUUGGAUGGACAAAACUUUCUGGAGCUUUUUCUUUGAGGAAUUCCACUACUGUGCCCGAGUAUCUACGUCGUUCGGGGAAAGGAACGGAAUGCAGAAGGAGUGCAGCAACACAUGCUUUUCUACAAGAUAAUAUUUUUGGGGGCGUAGGGGGGAAAUUGAGCUUUUUUUUUUUUGCAGAGGGCUACAGUGAGGCUUUGCCGAUGUACAAAACUAUUUUUAUUUUAAUCCAGUGUUUCUGGGGAAUGAUUUCUCUUCAACUGCUUUCUAAGCGGAGUAAAAAAUGUAAUUGAUA